AUGCCGCUGAAGUCGGCCUGGGUCAUGUUCGCCGAGGCGUCCCAGGACGACAAGAACAUGUGCGCGUCCGGCGGCCUCGACAACGUCUGCACGGUGUGGCAGCUGCCGACGGCCGCGGACCCCGCGGGCAAGCUCCUCUUCUCCCUCGAGGGCCACGAGGGCUACGUCUGCAACGGCCGCUUCCUCGGCGACAACAAGCUCCUCACGACGAGCGGCGACAACUCCGCGUCGCUCUGGGACAUGAACGCGCUCCCCGAGGGCAAGGACAUCGACAUGCGCGGCUUCAUCUUCGAGGGCCACGACAAGGACGUGACCAGUUGCGACUUCAAGCCCGGCGCCUUCAAGGAGUUCGUCACGUCGUCCGCCGACGGCUCCAUGAUGACCUGGGCCAUCGGCCAGAAGACGCCGACGUCGACGAUGCGCCUCUACCAGGCGGAUCUGGACGCGGGCAUGAAGCGCGGCCAGACGAAGACGCUCAUCGACGUCAACAAGGUCAAGUACCAGUCCAACGGCUUCGGCAUCGGCGUCGCCACGGAAGCCAUGGGCUCCUUCCUCUACGACGUCCGCACGCUCGGCGCCGCGAACACGUUCGUCGGGUCGUCCGCGGAGUCCAAGUCCAUCCCCAAGUACUCCUGCGCCUUCUCCAAGUCGGGCCGCCUCAUGUUCGUCGGCACCGAGGACAACACCAUCGAGGUCUGGGACACGUUCAAACCCGACGCGGGGUCGACGCUCCAGUCGCUGACGAUGAACCACGACAACCGCAUCACCGAGGUCUGCGUCCCGACGACGGGCUGCGUCUGCGCGUCGGCCUCCUGGGACACGACGGGCUCCAUCAUCCAGCCCUAG